AUGCGGUUUCAAUGGCAGCCGUCGAGGCUUCCGUACCGUGUGUGUGGUAAACUGGGUCGGAAGGACAGAGACAGUCUGCUGGAUUUUACUGUCCAGGAUCACAACAAGAGAGGAAUGGACGAGAACCAGGACCCAGAGCACUGCACUGAUAACACCGUUAAAAUGGAAGAAUCAGACCCAGUAGCUGUUACCACCGAUAAACAGAAACGUAAAAGAAGAAAGGGACUCAAACAUCACUGCUGUCAAGACUGUGACGAAGCCUUCACAAAAUCAGCAUAUUUAAAGAUCCAUCAACGCAUUCACACUGGAGAGAAGCCAUACAGCUGUGACCAGUGUGGGAAAACCUUCACUACAAAUGGCCAGCUUAAAAUCCACCAAUACAUACACACUGGAGAGAAGCCAUACAGCUGUGACCAAUGUGGGAAAACUUUCGCUACAAAUGGUGAUCUUAAAAUCCACCAAUACAUACACUCUGGAGAGAAGCCAUACAGCUGUGACCAAUGUGGGAAAACCUUCGCUACAAAUGGCCAGUUUAAAAUCCAUCAACGCAUUCACACUGGAGAGAAGCCGUACAGCUGUGACCAAUGUGGGAAAACUUUCUCUACAGGUGGUAUUCUAAAAGCCCAUCGACGCAUUCACACUGGAGAGAAGCUGUACAGCUGUGACCAAUGUGGGAAAACCUUUGCUACAAAUGGCAAUCUUAAAACCCACCAAUACAUUCACAAUGGAGAGAAGCCGUACAGCUGUGACCAAUGUGGGAAAACCUUCGCUACAAAUAGCCAUCUUAAAACCCACCAAUACAUUCACAAUGGAGAGAAGCCGUACAGCUGUGACCAAUGUGGGAAAACCUUUACUUCAAAUAGCCAUCUUAAAACCCACCAAUACAUACACACUGGAGAGACGCCAUACAGCUGUGACCAGUGUGGGAAAACUUUCGCUACAAAUGGUGAUCUUAAAAUCCACCAAUACAUACACACUGGAGAGAAGCCAUACAGCUGUGACCAGUGUGGGAAAACUUUCGCUACAAAUGGCCGGCUUAAAAGCCACCAACACAUUCACACUGGAGAAAAGCCGUACAGCUGUGACCACUGUGGGGAAACCUUCGCUUCAAAUAGCCUACUUAAAAGCCACCAACACAUUCACACUGGAGAAAAGCCGUACAGCUGUGACCAAUGUGGGAAAACCUUUGCUUCAAAUGGCAAUCUUAAAACCCACCAAUACAUUCAUACUGGAGAAAAGCGGUACAGCUGUGACCAAUGUGGGAAAACCUUCGCUACAAAUGGCCAGCUUAAAAGCCACCAACACAUUCACACUGGAGAAAAGCCGUACAGCUGUGACCAAUGUGGGAAAACCUUCUCUCAUAAUGGCAAUCUUAAAAUCCAUCAACGAAUUCACACUGGAGAAAAGCCGUACAGCUGUGACCAAUGUGGGAAAACCUUCGCUACAAAUGGCCAGCUUAAAAGCCACCAACACAUUCACACUGGAGAAAAGCCGUACAGCUGUGACCACUGUGGGGAAACCUUCGCUUCAAAUAGCCUACUUAAAAGCCACCAACACAUUCACACUGGAGAAAAGCCGUACAGCUGUGACCAAUGUGGGAAAAUCUUCGCUUCAAAUAGCCAGCUUAAAAGCCACCAACACAUUCACACUGGAGAAAAGCCGUACAGCUGUGACCAAUGUGGGAAAACCUUCUCUAAAAAUUGCAAUCUUAAAAUCCACCAACACAUUCACACUGGAGAAAAGCCGUACAGCUGUGACCAAUGUGGGAAAACAUUCGCUACAAAUGGCCAGCUUAAAAGCCACCAAUACAUACACACUGGAGAAAAGCUGUACAGCUGUGACCAAUGUGGGAAAACGUUCUCUACAGGCGGUGCUCUAAAAGCCCAUCUACGCAUUCACACUGGAGAGAAGCCGUACUGGUGUGACCAAUGUGGGGAAACUUUCACUCAAGACAGUACUUUAAGAAGCCACCAGCGUAUUCACACUGGAGAGAAGCCGUACAGCUGUAAGCAAUGUGGAAUAUGUUUCGCUGACGCCAGGUCCCUAAAAAGACAUCAACGUAUUCAUACGGUCGAGAAUCCGUACUGGUCCAUCUUUUAUGGGGUGGUCAGCUGGAGCAGCAGCAGCACCUCGGUGGCGGACAGGAAGAGACUGGAUAAACUCAUUAAGAAGGCCAGGUCGAAAGUGUUACUGUCUCCGAGUAGUGAAGAGGUGUCUGCAACCAGGAACUCGGAUAACUCUUGGAAACUUAAAAGAAGAAAGGGACUCCAACAUCACUGCUGUCAACACUGUGACAAAACCUUCACAACAGCAGAAUACUUACAGAUUCAUCAGAGAGUUCACACUGGAGACAAGCUGUACUGCUGUGACCAAUGUGGGAAAACUUUCACUCGAAACAUGACUCUAAAAGUCCACCAACGCAUUCACACUGGGGAGAAGCCAUACUGGUGUGACCAAUGUGGGAAAACCUUUCCUUACGGCAGUUCCUUAAGAUAUCACAAACACAUUCACGCUGGAGAGAAGCUGUACAACUGUGACCAAUGUGGGAAAACUUUCAGUCAAAGCAUGACUCUAAAGGUCCACCAACGCAUUCACACUGGAGAGAAGCCGUACUGGUGUGAGCUAUGUGGGAAAACUUUUGUUUACGGCAGUUCCUUAAGGAGUCACAAACGCAUUCACAGUGGAGAGAAGCCGUACAGCUGUGACCAAUGUGGGAAAACCUUCAAUCGAAAGAUGACUCUAAAAGUCCACCAACGCGUUCACACUGGACAGAAGCCAUACAGCUGUGACCAAUGUGGGAAAACUUUUGCUACAAAUGACCAGCGUAAAGUCCACCAAUACAUUCACACUGGAGAAAAGCUGUACAGCUGUGACCAAUGUGGGAAAACCUUUGCUACAAAUGGCCAACGUAAAAGCCACCAACACAUUCACACUGGAGAAAAGCCGUACAGCUGUGACCAAUGUGGGAAAACCUAUACUACAAAUGGCCAGCUUAAAAGACACCAACACAUUCACACUGGGGAGAAUCCGUACAGCUAUGACCAAGGUGGCAAAAAUGUCCCUUCUGUCAAGGCCCUAAAAAGACAUCAACUUAUUCACCCAGGAGAGAAGCCGUACUGGUGUGAGCCACUCAACUAAUCAAGUGAGUGAUCUAAAAGGCACCAACUCAGUCAUUCAGCAUUGUGUUAGCAG